CCAUCUGCAGCGGACAGCCGCGCAGGGCCCCUCAAUGGCUGCUCUGGCCUUCCGGCAGCCGCCUCCAUGGCCUCGGCCUUGGCCGCUCUGGCCCCUCUAGAACGCGCUCUAUGACCCCGUUCGGGAGCCGAUGACAGCGGGUUCCAAGGCUCAGUUACGGAAGCGGCCGCCCGGCGAGGAGGCAGCUGCGCGCGCAGCCCGGGCUCCAGACGCCGAGGAGAGCGCGGCCGUCGCCAUCGCUAGGGGGUCCCGGCCCCGGCCGUGUCCGGGCACCAUAGCGCCGCUGCGGUGAGGCUCCGCCCCGCUGCCGCGUCGGGCCCCGGGCCCGGUGCAUGGAGAGACGGGGGAGGAUGGACUGCCCCGCGCUGCCCCCGGGCUGGAAGAAGGAGGAGGUGAUCCGCAAGUCGGGCCUCAGCGCCGGCAAGAGCGAUGUCUACUACUUCAGUCCAAGUGGUAAGAAGUUCAGAAGCAAGCCUCAGUUGGCAAGAUACCUGGGAAACACUGUUGAUCUCAGCAGUUUUGACUUCAGAACGGGAAAGAUGAUGCCCAGUAAAUUACAGAAGAACAAACAAAGACUAAGGAAUGAUUCUCUCAAUCAAAAUAAGGGUAAACCAGACUUAAAUACGACACUGCCAAUCAGACAAACAGCAUCCAUUUUCAAACAGCCAGUAACCAAAGUUACCAACCAUCCUAGCAAUAAAGUGAGAUCAGAUCCACAACGAGUAACUGAACAGCCACGCCAGCUUUUCUGGGAGAAGAGGCUACAAGGCCUAAGUGCAUCUGAUGUAAGUGAACAAAUUAUAAAAUCCAUGGAGCUACCUAAAGGACUUCAAGGAGUUGGACCAGGCAACAAUGAUGAGACCCUCCUAUCUGCUGUCGCCAGUGCUUUGCACACCAGUUCUGCACCUAUCACAGGGCAACUCUCUGCUGCAGUGGAAAAGAACCCAGCAGUGUGGCUCAAUACAUCUCAGCCCCUUUGCAAAGCAUUCAUUGUUACAGAUGAGGACAUUAGAAAACAGGAAGAGCGGGUGCAACAGGUGCGUAAAAAACUGGAGGAGGCACUUAUGGCAGACAUCUUGUCGCGGGCUGCUGAUACAACAAAAGAUACGGAUGUGGAAAUGGACAAUGGAGAUGAUGCAUAAGAAAAGGAUCAGGUACUUUCACUGACUUGUCCCAGGAGGAAUUUCCUAAAAAAAACAGAGGCACUUUCUCCUUCGGUCUUUCAUUGUAAGAAGAAAUGGACCCAUGCACAUUUAUAUAGCUUUCUAAUAGCAUUAAAACCAAUGCCUUUUUAGACUCCUAUUUUUGAUGUAUAUAUCUUAUUUGAAAAGCAAACUUUAUUUUGUGUCCUACGACUUAAAAUAGUCUUUUUUAAAAUAUCAAACUGUACCCUUAAACUAAAGCUGAGCUUUUGACGCUAGGUUGCAAACCUACUGGAAUUAUAUUGCCUGUACUUAAUAUUUGUUUUUCCUGUGGUUUAUAAUAAUGAUGGAUCAGGAGAACAAGGAUGGAUCAGGAGAAUUAAAGAUUAUUGUGACUCAAUGUAUAUAAACAGAUUUUUAUACUGCUGUUGAGUGAAAACACCUGUACAUUCUUCCAUCAUCACUGUAAAGAUAAAUAAAUGAUUAUAUUCAGA